AUGGGUGAAGUUGACUUGUCGGUGACUUAUGGGGCGAUGUUUGUCGGAGUUCUUUUUGCGACCUUUUUCCAAGGAGUUUUGACUCUGCAAACGUAUCUAUAUUACGCCAACUUCCCCAAAGACCAUAUUUUUAUCAAGCUCCUUGUUGCGUGCGUCUGGCUUCUCGAUGUCGCCCAUCUGGUCCUCAUAUCCCAGUCAUGCUACCACUAUCUUGUUCAAAGCUGGGGCGACGGAGCCGCACUUUUGAUCUCCACGCAAGAGCUUGAUUUACACCUCGUAUUCGUCGGCUUUGCCUGCUUCGUAUGUCAAUGCUUCUUCCUGUCCCGUAUCUGGAACUUCAGCCAAAGGAACUGGAUGUUAACAAUUGUCCUUGGCAUUCCUUGUUUGGUGAUUUUUAUCCUCGAAGCCACCAUCUCGGGUGAGAUCAGCCGCAUUCCGAGCGUCUCCGCCUUCGACCAAUUCACGGGGGAAGUGCUUUCUGUAUUUGCUCUAGCAGCAGCUGUCGACCUUGCUAUCGCAAUAAUAUUAGUCUGGUAUCUUCGACAAGGGAAAACAAGCUUUGAUCGCUCCAGUUUCGUCGUGGAUCGCAUUGUUCAAUACACUGUCGCUACCGGACUCGCCACAAGCGUCCUCGCCGUUGCCGACCUAAUCGUUUAUCUCGCCACCCCCAACACCUUCAUUUUCAUUGCCAUGCACUUCUCUAUGGGCCGUCUCUACACCAACGCUCUACUCGCGACACUCAACUCGCGCCAAAAACUGCGUCAAGCUCUCGAAGGCGGCGGCGCUAACUCACUUGCGUCGCGAAAUAUGGCCCAUGCAUCGACAGGGCCGUCAUUCGCCUUUCAAGUCAAUGGAAUUCAGACCGGGACGACGACGACAAACGUGCAUUUCCGGAAGGCGAACCUCGGUCCUUCUGACGGAGCAUACGGAAUUGACGACAACUCAACUAUCGCGCGCGGGCAAGGAGGUCGAGGGAACCGAGGUGGAUUCCUUUGUAUAGAUUUCUUUGGGACUUGGGCGCAACUCAGCUAA